GUUUUGUGUUUUCGCAUUCGCAAUUCGCAAUUCGCAACAAUUUCGAGAACAUGUCAGCUGUUUCUUUACUGGCUCCUCCAGUUCGGAGGCUGAAGCCCUUUUUGCCUGUGAUAUCUAACUGUCUCCUGCUUCACAGAUCCUCCUCUUCAAGAAAGAAAUUGAGAGUUGGUGAUGAACUUCCCAAUGUGAACCUGUAUGAAGGAAGUCCAGAAAAUGCUAUCCCUGCAUCUCAGUUGUACAAAGGCAAAAGAGGAGUCCUCUUUGCUGUAGUUGGGGCCUUUACGCCAGGAUGUACACAAACUCAUAUACCAGAUUACCUGUCGCUUCAUGAAAAAUUCAAGGAGGAAGGAUAUGUGAUCUCGUGUGUUUCUGUGAAUGAUCCGUUCGUCAUGAAAGCGUGGGCGCAAAGCACAGAAGCUGAUGGAAAGAUCAGAAUGCUGGCAGACCCACGGGGUGAAUUCACCAAGGCUCUGGGCAUGGAGCUCGACUGUAAACAGUUGCUGGGAGGGAUCAGAUCUCACAAAUAUUCUCUUGUUGUUGAAGAUGGCAAAAUUCAGAGCAUUAAUGUAGAUCCUGAACACACCGGCCUUGCCUGCUUGCUAUGCAUCAAGAAUAUGAAAGCUAUCGACUCCUCAACGGGAUAACAUCGGUUUUUUUCUUCAUAUUUAUUUCUACUCUUCUGUUUUGUUGUGACUAGGGUUUUGAUUAGUCUUUGAAUUAGGGAUGUAUAGGCUUGAAUAACACUGGAUUGUAAAAUUUAACUUUUUUUCUGCAGCAUUUAGUUUGAGACAUGUUGUAUUAUAAUUCGAAGUCACUAAAACUAAAAAUGAUAUCAGUUUUGCUCUAUCACGUCAAGCUUUUUUCUUUGUGGCAUAACCACCGUUCUUGCAAUGGGCUAUUUAGUCAGACAUAAUGAUAACAAAUGCCAACCUAUAAUAGAUGGACAUCUUGGAUAGUUUUGACAAUAAUUCCUUUUCCCUACUUCGACAAAAUGCUGUGCUUAAGAAUCUUUAAAAACUGAAGUCAACAGAUUACACUAGAUCUGCUAUUUUGAAGUACCAAAAAACAAACUAUGCUAUUAAAACGCAGAACAUGGUUAACUCGGAACAUGAUUGAAUAAGCUUAAUUUGCAUGAAAUUUGAUUCUCAUUCUUAAGCAUGUAGACUGCUUUUACUAAAGCUUCAUACACUGCUGGGAAAACCAAUACUUUUGCUAGAUUUUUUGGCUUUUUCCUCCAAAGUUUGAAGGUCAGAAUGAGUAGUGAUAGUGAUUGGGCUAUAUUUUGAAGGGCACACGAGAAGGAAUGAUUCAGUUUUGUUAUACUUGUAACUCAGAAACAUUGGCGUAAUUUGAAUAUUGUUCUCUUGUUUAUUAUGGAGGAAAAGUCACACGUUUAAAAGUUCCGCUCGUUACUCUGAUUAAAUAAAAA